AUGGAAGACGCGCCUAACGCCGUCGUCACAGAAUCAGUUGAGGGCACAAUCAAAGCAAAAAUCAAAUCGAAUGUAUCGGAUGAUCGCCUUAACAUUUUCAUCGACCAAACCGGACUGUCUUUUGACCCUGUGACGUCGGAUGAACUAAAGGUGCUGAAGAAUGCUAUCGAAAGGUCUGUUGAGGAAAUCCAGGAAAUGGGUGAAGCUGCGGGGCUAACGUGCUACGAGCUUGGAGAUAUUACGGGUGGUUUUGCUGGGCUUGAAAGCGUGUUCGAAAAGAACUUCUAUGUUCGGGAUGGAUAUAAUGCCCUGUUAACACAGAUGAACGGAUUUUGGCAACAACGAAGACGAGGCAGAAUUGUGCUGGUUGGAAAUUCGGGAACGGGCAAGAGCUGGUAUCAAAUCUUCGUUCUUCGCCAGCUCCUUGCUGGUGACAACAACCCCAACAGAUUCGAGUUUGUUAUUCGCCAAGUUGGAGCCGAAAUUUUCCUCAUCGAUCUGAAAGAAUGCAAAGCCUACCUGUGGGUUCCUGACAAAAUGCAUUUUCCUAUGGCAUAUAUCAUUGACAGGAUGAAUUCCACUCUGUACAUGUAUGAACCGGAACUUUUCAGGGAUGUGCCCCCGAUGAACCUGAAAACAUGUCCCUCGCUCGCUACUCUUUCUCCUUGCGUUAAGAGAAUUGCGGAGUACAGAAAAAGUCCUCGAUACAAGGAGCUAUACUUUUGGCCUUGGUCAUUCUCAGAAAUGAAUGCUGUUGCUCAAGACUCUAAUCUGGGGUUGCCAGAAGAUGAUGUCCUGAAUCGGCAUCGCUAUUUCGGUGGGGUUGUGCGACAUGUUCUUGGCCCGGACUUUGACAAGGUAAGGAGAGAGCUCGAAGGACGGUUAGCCAAUAUCUCAUUCCGGGCUCUCCUCAACAAAUAUCAUGACAUUGACCGUGAUGCGACGGGAAACUAUGUCAGUGGCUACAUUCUUUGUUACGAUGGUUUUCAAAGGGGUCGAGAUGUGUUUGACGAGAAAGUUCUAGAGUACACAAGUGCGGUGGUUAAGACCAAAGUUGAUGACCUUAUCAAUAGCCACUCUUUGAAAGACAAGUUGGAAAUAGUCCUGAAGCGUCUAAAUGAUGAAAUUGUUGAUUUAUCGGGAAAGAACCUUGAGGCUGUUGGAACGGACUUGCUCAGCAGGGGCAGCAAUAUUAAGUGGCUUUCCAAAAGAGUUGGCGCAAAUGGGAGUUGGUCUAGCUUCCGAACAACAAAGAGGGAGGUGAUGAGAUUGUGGGAUGUUGGCGAAAUGCUGCGGCAGCCAGACAAGCUUCUUGUGUCUGUCAAUACCAACUUUCCCUUGGCUGACAUUGUCUUCUCUCAACCGAGCCUGGAUGAGACUCACAACGUGAUUCAAUUUACUUGGCAGGAAUCACACCCAUUCACUGUCCGGGCUUUGUACGAACUUCGUGUGAGGCGGCUGCAGAUUGCUGACACGGUUGCAGUCAACGUUUAUGUGGUUUCUCCCGAGAGAGAAGAACAUGACUAUGUGGAACAAUACUCACCUCUAUGUUUUGAAACCGGAGCUUGCAUGGAAAGCUAUGAUGGAGCAGGUCUUGCGAGAAUUAUGAGUGCUGUUAACUUUGGUUGCAAUAGAACCAGUACUUGUAAAAGCAUUUUUUACGUCCUUCUGUCAGAGGACGUCCUUUCUUUACACCCACCUCGAAGACUUACUCGCCCUGUAUCCGUCACCAUUGCCUACAUUCCAAACCAUAUUCUCUCUAUCCAACGUUUUGAGAAGCUCCAGAUGGAUCAUGCAAACGAAUCCUAA